CACUUCCCAGGGCCCAGACUAGUCAUCAUUCGCGGUACAUUCGAUACAGACCGAUUUAUAGACAAGCACGCGAUCUUCGAGAUGCCACAACCAGGCGGGGAUUACUUCAUCAUCAUUACUUCCUUCUUAGUUUUGAUCUGUUUCCUAGAUCUAACUAAGGCAGCCAGUUACCAAAUGGAAAACUACGAUCUGGAUAUGGAUAGUGGGGGCAUAACAAACUCUAGCAACGAAGAGGAGUUCUAUGGAGGAGUUACUUCCCUGGAAAGACCUAUUUCUUGGCUAAGAAGUGCCAAUAGCAUGAUGGGUAGUCCAGCUGGCCAUGUGGUGAUGCAGGUGGCCAAGGAACUGCUACAUCGAUCAGCCGGAAACAGUCAAGUCCUAACUGGAAUGUUGGGAGCAGGACACUGGAGUGCCUAUGGUUAUGGCCAUGGUCGCUCGAGUGAUAGCAACAUCGGUUUGGGCCUAACAUCUGGUGAUGACUACCUAAUAACUGGGUUCCUAGCCGCCCAGGGAGCCGGUAGAGAUGAGUGUCUAUAUGCAGCAUCCUGUGCCAGCCCCGCGGCAGCCUACGAAUACGCGAAGGCAGGACGUUCUCUUCUGGGCGCCAUUGAAUUGUUCCAAGGGGUUCCGCUGGAGAAACCUCGCUACACCGAUCUCAUUGUUCUAAUGGAGGCAGCCGCCCACGAUGGCUUCCAAGGAAAGGUCUGCAACACCACCCAGACUUGUGACGGAUUGCUUUAAAAGUUAA